AUGGCGGAAGGUGUGAUUUCGAGAUUCAGACGCUUUUCGGGGCUUGAUAAGGCGCAGAUGGAACAUGCUGAGAAUGUGGUGAGCGUGGAGAGUAAUGCUGCUUCUGAUGCUGUGUUGGUUGGAGGUGAGAGGGUUGAGGUCACGGAGGAGGAUGAUAUCAGAAUCCGGAAGAAGACUGAUAAAAAUAUUUUGACAAUCCUCGUCUGGGUCUACUUCCUCCAGAUCCUCGACAAAUCAGUCCUAGGCUACGGCUCCAUCUUUGGUCUCCAAAAAGACGUAGGUCUAGUAGGAAACCAAUACUCCCUCAUCGGCUCCAUUGCCCCCAUCGCCCAAUUAAUAUGGCAACCAUUCUCCUCGAUCCUAAUCGUCAAAGUCCCUCAUCGGAUCCUAAUGCCAUGUCUAGUCCUCGGUUGGGGAAUAGCUCAAACUGCAAUGGCAGGAUGUAGAACCUAUCACAGCCUCCUCGCUGCCCGGUUCUUCUUAGGACUCUUCGAAGCGGGAUGUCUCCCUCUCUUCAGCGUCAUCACGAAUCAAUGGUAUCGAAGAGCCGAACAGCCCAUCAGAGUUGCGGCUUGGUACAGCACAAAUGGAGCAGCUACCAUCGUCGCAGCAUUUCUAUCCUACGGACUAGCUUACAUCCCAUCCGAGCACUUACGACCGUGGCAAAUCAUCUUCCUCUUCGUCGGCCUCCUCACAAUCAUCUCCGCACCCCUCGUCUACUGGAGACUCUCCAGCACAAUCCCCACCGCCCGCUUCCUCACGCCCCACGAACGCCUCCAAGCAAUCGAACGGCUCCGCGCAAACCAAACUGGUAUCGGCUCCUCCAAAUUCGAAUGGUCGCACAUCUACGAGCUGCUCCUCGAACCAAAAACCUAUCUCUGGAUAAGCAUGGCCCUACUCGUCAACGUUGGCGCUUCCGUAACCAACACAUUCGGCCCUCUAAUCCUCUCCACCCUCCCCUACCCCCCAAAACUAACCUCCCUCCUAACAACCCCCUUCGGUUUUCUCCAACUUGCCAUCAUCCUCCUCUCCUCCCUCCUCGCCACUCGCACGCGUCUCAAAUCACCCAUCCUCAUCCUUCUAACCCUCCCCGUCCUAACCGGCCUCUCCCUCCUCCUAACCCUGCCGCGCACGCCCCAAAACCGCGGUCCGCUGCUCCUAGCAUACUACCUGCUCUCCUUCCUCUUCGGCAGUCAACCGCUCAUCAUAAGCUGGCUCAUCGCCAACACAGGCGGCACGACGAAGAAAUCCGCGCUCACCUCUUUAUACAACGCCGCGUCUGCGGCAGGAAACAUAAUCGGUCCGCUCCUGUACACGGCCGAUGAUGCACCAGGGUAUAAACCCGGAUUACAGGCGACGCUGGGGAUGUUCAUGGGGAUGGCGGUUGUAGUAGUCGCGCAAGUGGGCGUGUUGUGGGUGUUGAAUCGGCGGCAGGAAGCGCGGCGGGUGGCGGCGGGGAAGGGGGCGGUGGUGAGGGACUUGAGUAUGGAGAGGCGCUAUGUGGGGACGGGAGAUGGGGUUGGGGAACACGCGUUCGAAGGAACGGAUGGGGGGAAUGAGGAGUUUGUUUAUGUUUAUUAG